AGUCUGUCCUGAAGCUGCCUAGUGACCAAGAACUUGGACCAGGUUUGGACGCAGCUGACAUCGCUGCCCAGAUGGCCUCCAGGCUGACCCCACUGACCCUCCUGCUGCUGCUGCUGGCUGGGGAUAGAGCCUUCUCAGAUCCCGAAGCUACCAGCCACAGCACCCAGGAUCCACUGGAGGCUCAAGCGAAAAGCAGAGAGAGCUUCCCUGAAAGAGAUGACUCCUGGAGUCCCCCAGAGCCUACAGUACUGCCCUCUACCUGGCCAACAACCAGUGUAGCCAUCACAAUAACAAAUGACACCAUGGGUAAAGUAGCCAACGAGUCCUUCAGCCAGCACAGCCAGCCAGCUGCUCAGCUACCCACAGAUUCUCCAGGACAGCCCCCUCUGAAUUCUUCCAGCCAGCCCUCCACUGCCUCAGAUCUUCCCACCCAGGCUACUACUGAACCCUUCUGCCCGGAGCCGCUUGCUCAGUGCUCUGAUUCAGACAGAGACUCCUCAGAGGCAAAGCUCUCAGAGGCUUUGACAGAUUUCUCUGUGAAGCUCUACCACGCCUUCUCAGCUACCAAGAUGGCUAAGACCAACAUGGCCUUUUCCCCAUUCAGCAUUGCCAGCCUCCUCACACAGGUUCUUCUUGGGGCUGGAGACAGCACCAAGAGCAACUUGGAGAGCAUCCUUUCCUACCCCAAGGAUUUUGCCUGUGUCCACCAAGCACUAAAGGGCUUUUCAUCCAAAGGUGUCACUUCUGUGUCUCAGAUUUUCCACAGCCCAGAUCUGGCCAUAAGGGACACCUAUGUGAAUGCAUCUCAGAGCCUGUAUGGAAGCAGCCCCAGAGUCCUGGGCCCAGACAGUGCUGCUAACUUAGAACUCAUCAACACCUGGGUGGCUGAGAACACCAACCAUAAGAUCCGCAAGCUGCUGGACAGCCUGCCUUCUGACACCUGCCUCGUCCUUCUCAAUGCUGUCUACUUGAGUGCCAAGUGGAAGAUAACAUUUGAACCAAAAAAGAUGAUGGCGCCUUUCUUCUACAAAAACUCUAUGAUUAAAGUGCCCAUGAUGAGUAGCGUAAAGUACCCUGUGGCCCAAUUCGAUGACCAUACUUUGAAGGCCAAGGUGGGACAGCUGCAGCUCUCUCACAACCUGAGCUUUGUGAUCGUGGUACCCGUGUUCCCAAAGCACCAACUUAAAGAUGUAGAAAAGGCUCUCAACCCCACUGUCUUCAAGGCCAUCAUGAAGAAGCUGGAGCUGUCCAAAUUCCUGCCCACUUACCUGACGAUGCCUCAUAUAAAAGUAAAGAGCAGCCAAGACAUGCUGUCAGUCAUGGAGAAACUGGAAUUCUUUGACUUCACUUACGAUCUCAACCUGUGCGGGCUGACCGAGGACCCAGAUCUUCAGGUGUCUGCCAUGAAACACGAGACAGUGCUGGAACUGACAGAGUCAGGGGUGGAAGCAGCUGCAGCCUCUGCCAUCUCCUUUGGCCGAAGCUUACCCAUCUUUGAGGUGCAGCGACCUUUCCUCUUCCUGCUCUGGGACCAGCAACACAGGUUCCCAGUCUUCAUGGGUCGUGUAUAUGACCCCAGGGGUUGAGACAGGCUUGGGUAAACAUUGUCACCCAAGCUUCAGCUCCUCCGGUUAUUUCCUUGCCACUGCCUGCCCGAGCCACUUCAAGCCUUAGGAACUGGCAGACGGAACUGUUUCCAUCCACCAACCCCCAGGGUAUCAACCACUUUUUUGCAGCUUUUACGGUUCAAACCUAUCAAACUCUACAAAUAAAACUUGCAGACAUUUUCUUCUCUCACUA